AUGGGAGCACACUCCUCUACCUGCUGCAAGCUGAUCUUUACUUUGCUGAGCGAAAAUGAGAAACGUCCCUUUGUGGAAGAAGCUGAGCGUCUCAGGGUCCAGCACAAAAAGGAUCACCCGGAUUAUAAAUACCAGCCCCGGAGGAGGAAAAGUGUAAAAGCUGGGCAGAGUGACUCCGACUCGGGCGCCGAGCUCAGCCACCACCCGGGCACCCAGAUCUACAAAGCAGACAGCGGGCUGGGGGCCAUGCCUGAUUCCCACCACCACGGUGAUCACACAGGCCAGACCCAUGGGCCUCCCACCCCACCUACCACCCCCAAAACCGACCUCCACCACGGCAGCAAGCAGGAGCUGAAGCACGAGGGCCGCCGCCUCGUGGAGAGCGGCCGCCAGAACAUUGACUUCAGCAACGUGGACAUCUCCGAGCUGAGCAGCGAGGGCUCCAACUACUACAACCCCUACCCCGGCUACCCCUCCAGCAUUUACCAGUACCCCUAUUUCCACUCCUCUCGCCGUCCCUACGCGACGCCCAUCCUCAACGGUUUGUCCAUCCCGCCGGCCCACAGCCCCACCGCUAACUGGGACCAGCCAGUCUAUACAACCCUGACCAGGCCUUAA